CCUUACAUUUUUCCCGCAACAAACAAGUGUGGAAGUCCGGAGGCGCACAGAGGGACUUUUUUUUUUUACACAGCCAAAAUGCCAAAACGAGCUUGUCCUUUCCCUGAAACCUUCUCCUCUCAAUACAAAAUACACAUCGGACAACAGGAGCUGAACAAUUACGGCGUGUUUGGGAACAAAUACAGGCAAGAAAUCUAUGCAAAGACAAAGAAUUUGCUCUUUAACGGCGCCAAGGCAGUGAUGGGCAAAAUAUGGACUGGAGAGGAGAUGUGCACCGACCCACAGCCCGCUGGACAAGCUGAGACACCUACAUGCAGCCAGGCACUACUGAGAGGACAGACACUAAUUGGACAUGAUGGGAGACUGACAAGAGCCAAUGGUGCACAAGGUGAGGCAGUGGCUCUUACAGGCUGCUGUGUGUGUCAGAAGAGCCAGGGGUCCAGGACACCAUGCUCCCAAUGUGACCGUCUAGCCUGUUCCUCCUGUACCCGACAGUGCUCCAGCUGCUCCAGUGUCUGCUGCUCUGUCUGCACCAUCAUAGAUUACAGUGGGCGAUACGAUGAAGUACUGUGCUGCAGUUGCUCGACGUAAAGGAAGACCAAAGAAGGGAUCAGGAACUAUAUGUGGUUGCUUCACAUGAGAUAUUACUGAGACUGAAUUUUACACCUGUGGUUUUUUUAAAUCUGAUUUGAAUGUUUUCUUGUGUGUGUGUGUAUAUAUUGAAUUCCUAACUGAAAUAAACUUGAACAAUUUUGUAUACAGUUUAA